AUGUCCGGCUGUUGCGGGCUCUACGCUGACUCUGAUGGCCACGGUUGUUCACCGCGGAAGAGGUUUUGGCGUGGUACGGGGAGCGACGAUCAGCGCUACGCGCUGGAUGUAAUCGAGGACAUCGACAGACGGAAUCAGGUCGUGCCGGACACCGAGCCCGGGGAUCCGCUGUUCGUCAACAACCACGGCGUGCUGUACUCGCGCGAGGCGUUUGUCGAGCUGCAGGAAGCGCUUAGUUACCUGGUUCGGAUGUGGCUAAAGAACCCGGCGCUGGCGUGGAAGCUGCCCCAGCCUCUGCAGCGGGAAUAUGCGAGGAUCGACAAGGGGAAUGAACUGGGGGAGCGGUGGAAUCGCGGAGGGUGGUUUGCGUGGAGCCCGCCAGAGGUGGCGUAUAUGGAGUACCUCGAGGUCCUGGCGGGCGACUCAGGGUUGCCCCAAGGCGAGCUGAAGGACGAGGUCGUCACGCUACUCAAAGAGUUCUGCAGCGAUGCCGCCUGGUGCCCAAGGCAGCCGUUCGCCCACUGUGGCAUCGGCCACAGGGCGCUGCAGGGUCCGAGUCCGGCGCACGAGUCGGCGAGCUCGGAGCUGGCCAUGGCGCUCCCGGAGUUCAGGAAUACGCCAGACGUGGUCCGGCAGCUGGUUCGAGUCUGCACAGCGGGGGCGCCGGAAUGGGAGCUUCCAGUUCGGGGCCAGCAACGACGGCCGGGCGUGGUGAUACGAGCAGGUAAGCUGUAUCCGGCCGGUGUGGGCGCCGAUCACGGGUGCAGCAACAGCUCAAGACACAGUAAGGAGGUGGAAGGCGCAAGGGAAUUCAUGCACGAGCUGCUUUUGCUUAGGGGCAUCCCUGGUGUGCUGCUCCAAGCCCAGGCACAGCCGCUGUUUUUCAGGGUGCUGGCUGAGUUGGAGUGCAUCGAGAUGGGUCUGUGA